CGGUUUUCCGGUCACGAUGGUGUUUUUCUCAAUUGCAUCAUGGGAAACAUUUCUACGCAUCUUGCUUCCGCAGGCCAGUGCAAUGCAUAUCUGUUGGAUGUUUCGCCUUCAUGGAAGUGCGAGACUCGUGCGUUUGGCGGAGUGGCUGUAUUGUUUUACUUUCGAUCUGUGCACGCGAGUGGGUUCCAACACGCCUGCUGCCGUGCGUAAAACCAUGCUUCCGUCGUCGAGCGGGGUGAGACACCCCGUGCCAUACAAGAUCUACAAGUGUUCGCGCCUCACAUUUUUCCAGAAUAACUAUUUCAAAACACCUUGAGACAGGAUGAAAAAGAGUCCAGGAAAGAUUGGGAAAAUCCCCAGGUCAUCGGACGUCGAAAACGGUGCGCAAAUGCUUCAGAACGAAUAUUUCUGGCGCGAAGCAGUAAAGCAGCGCUGAUCAUCACGAGGUUUACAGGUCGGGCCACGUGCCCAUGUAUUCGUUUCCCGACGUUCAGGCCGCCCUGCGCUUCUGGGCUGCUGGUGGUUCGUGGAGAGCACGUGGGAAACUUCCGAACGUGAUGCUCCUUAACGGCUCAUGGGAUUUCAUUCUAGUCUCAAAACCAGAACACACGCCGCACGGAUUCCAUGAGAGUGAUUUUCAUGAUGAAACAUGGAGUGAGAUAACUGUGCCUUCAAAUUGGGAAUGUGAAGGUUUUGACCGUCCCAUAUACACCAACGUGAUUUACCCUUUUCCUAUCAACCCACCAUACGCGAACCGACGCGGCGUAUGGACAGCAAAACAAAAACCUCACGGCAGCGAGACUGGCGGCGAACUGAGUCAUUUAUCAGGAUGGAAAUGGAAUCCGGACGUCAACGAUCAAAAUGAACUAGAAAAUCCAACCGGUUGCUAUCGACGAAUAUUCAAAGUGCCUGAAAAUUGGACUUCAGAAGGUCGUCGCACAUUCCUUCUCUUUGAAGGUGUUGACUCCGCUUUUUAUUGCUGGUUGAAUGGUCGAGCCAUUGGGUAUUCUCAAGAUAGUCGUUUGCCCGCAGAGUUCGAGGUUACUGAUUACCUGCUCUCGGGCAGGAAUGUUCUUGCAGUCCAGGUAAUGCGUUGGUGUGAUGGCAGCUAUCUCGAGGAUCAAGACCAUUGGUGGUUGAGCGGCAUCUAUCGAGACGUUAUCCUUUACGUCAAGGAAGCAAUAUUCAUAGCAGACUACAACGUUUACACAGAAAUUCCUGACAGUGCUCGGGAUGAAGCAUCAGUCAGUGUUGAUGUUUUUGUCCAUGAAGCGGUAUCUUUAGAUAUAGAUUUACCAUCUGAUGUAGUUGUCGAAGCCAUGUUGUUUGAUACGAACGGACAACACGUGACUGGGCUUGCGUCAUCUGUGGAUGAUAUGAUGCUCUGUGGCAAUGCAGAAGUCCACGGGCAGCCCUCUGAUAAAUUAUCGCCAUACUUCACCCGAAAAGUGUCCCUUACAUUUUCAAUUCCUAACGCAAGGUUGUGGUCUGCUGAAACUCCAUAUCUCUACACACUCGUGCUUCGCACAUCUAUAUUAGCGUGUCGCCAGCACAGCAACGCGACGAGUUGUGUUUUGGACGUGCGGUCUGAUGUUGAAGCAUGCCGAGUGGGCAUUCGCAUUGUUGAUAUUCAUAACAGACGGCUGCGGAUAAAUCGCGUCCCUGUCAUUAUUCAAGGUGUGAAUCGUCAUGAACAUUGUCCAAAGAGAGGAAAGUCUGUAUCUGAAGAAUCCAUGAUUGAAGACAUUGUUCUCAUGAAAAUGUACAAUUUUAACGCAGUGCGUACAAGCCAUUAUCCCAAUCAUCCUAGAUUUUAUGAUUUGUGUGAUGAAUAUGGCCUCUACGUGUGCGAUGAGGCUAACAUCGAGACACACGGAUUCCAUGCUGGCAUGCAUCCCACACCAUACUUGUCGAAUGAUCCAGCAUGGCGCGAUGCUUAUGUUUCGCGGAUGGCCCGCAUGAUCCAGCGCGAUCGGAACCACUCAUCAAUCAUCAUGUGGUCCCUUGGAAAUGAGGCUGGUUGCGGAGGGGCUCACAUUUCAAUGGCUAAUUGGGCCCGCGUCCAUGAUCCAACUCGCCCGUUGCACUAUGAGUCAGGCGGUUCACGGACGACUUGCACAGAUAUAAUAUGCCCAAUGUAUGCUCGAGUACAAACUUGUGAACACAUGCUACAUGAAGACGUACUUGAUACUCGACCUAUAAUUCUUUGCGAAUAUAGUCAUGCGAUGGGCAAUAGCAAUGGCAGUGCUGAUCUUUACUGGGAAUGCUUCAGGAGAGAGGGUCCGAUCCAAGGCGGGUUUGUAUGGGAUUGGGUUGAUCAGGGUCUUGAUG